ACGUGCCGUCGGCCCACGUGCACCAGAUCGUGGGUGGCAACGCGUUCAACGCGACGAUGGAGGGCGACAUUGGCGAGCAGGCGGACUGCACGACGUGUGCGUAUUCGGAGGACUUUUCGAACUACUGGACGGCGGCUAUGUACUUCCGGCACGAGAACGGGUCAUACAAGAAGGUGCCUCAGUAUCCGAAUGCGCAGUUGGGCACCCAGGGCAAGGAUGCGGAUAACAUCAAAGGAGGGAUGACGGUGUAUUAUACGCAAAAGGACUUUUGGAACAACGGGCUUGCGGAACAGAAGAUCACUGCGUUCAAACCUGGCUUCCGCAUGACCGUCGGUGACCCGACUUACAACGGCGCAAGCGGAACCCCCAACCCAGGCCUCGCCUACACCUGUCUCCAAACAAUCCUAACCCGAGGUAACGAGACGCUCGACUUCCCCAAAGAGCCGUGUCCGGCCGGGAUCAUGGCGAUCCACCACUUCCCCGCGUGCUGGGACGGCGUGAACCUCGACUCGCCAGACCACCAGUCGCACAUGUUCAGUACGACGAAGGGCCACUUCCAGGAGGCCGGGCCGUGCCCGGCGUCGCAUCCUGUGCGGAUGCCGCAGGUCGCGUACGAGACGAUGUGGAACACGACGGCGUUCAAGGACAUGUGGCCAAAGGAUGGGUCGCAGCCGUUUGUGUGGGCAUUCCAUGGGAACGGGUAUGGAACUCAUGCGGAUUACUUGUUUGGGUGGAAGGGGGAUUCACUGCAGAGGGUCAUGGACGAUAAUUGCUUCUUCCAUAAUUGUGGGAGUCCGGGUGUGGAUGGGAUCUUGAAGACAAACACUGUUGCGCAGAUGAAUGCGUGUGCGGUAAAGAGUUCGGUGGAGGAGGAUGUGGAUGGUUGGCUCGAUCAUCUGCCCGGGUAUGAACAUCACGAGAAGUAG